AUGAAGCUCAAGCUUGUGUCAUGGAAUGUUAGGGGAUUAAAUGAUGUGGGGAAAAGAAGGGUGGUGAGGAACUGUAUAGACCAAUGGAAGGCUAAUAUCGUAUGCCUACAAGAAACAAAAUUACAGGGGGAUUUACAGGAUAUCGUUAAACAAAUAUGGGGAGGAAGAUGGAACAGAUUUGCAUAUCUUGAGGCAAGUGGAACAAGAGGGGGAAUCAUUAUGUUAUGGGAUAGCAGGGUGUGGAAGGGAGAGAUACUACAAGUUGGUGCUUAUACUCUAACAUGUAGUUUUGAGGCUUUACUUCAAAAUUUCAACUGCCACAUAUCAGGGGUCUAUGCACCAAAUUGUAAGGUGGAAAGGAGGGAGGUGUGGAAUGAAUUAGGAGGGGUCAGAGGGAUUAAUGGAAGGGCCUUGGGCAAUUGUGGAGAUUUUAAUGUGUGCAGGUUCUCCUCGGAGAAAAGAAACUGUCAAAGAAGAUCUUCUGCCAUGAUUGAGUUCUCUGAUACUAUUGAGGACCUAGAGCUUAUAGAUUUGCUACUUGAAGGAGAAGGUUUUAGUGAGAAAAUCAGUAACUGGUGGAACUCUUUCUCCUUCUAUGGGAGGCCAGACUACAUCCUCGCAUGUAAAAUGAAAGCACGGAAAGAAAAGCUCAAAGAGUGGAGUAAAAUUGAAAAAGGAAAUCUGCAGAUUCAAAAGCUGAACAAAAGAGCAUUGACAGAGGAAGAGGCUACUUUGAAAGCAGAAAUCUUUAUGGAGUUCGAAGAACUGAUCAAAAAUGAGGAAUGUGCUUGGAGACAAAGGUCUAGAAUCUUGUGGUUGAAGGAAGGAGACAACAAUACAAAAUUCUUCCAUAAUCUGCAAAUGCCCACAAAAGAAGCAACCAUAUUGACCAGUUGGAAGUAG